AUGCGCGCUUCACUAGCGCUAUUCCUUGUUGGCGUUUCGACGGCCGCGCCGUACGCGUGCGGCCCAGAAUCGAUAUGCAUCUCUCCGAGUACGAACGAGACUGUCCAGUUUCGGCGAAACGGCGCUCAUCUGGAAGUGUCGUACAAUGUUCGAGAGCUUCGAAUUUAUCAAGAAAAGAACACCAAAAUUCAAACCAACCUUGAAUGCAAUCCGGGGGAGAGUUGCACCGCAAGCGUGCCAUUGGAUCGCUACAAUCCUUCGAUUCCAUUGAUGAUCCGCUCCGGCUCGAAUGAGCCCGUCUCGUUGAACUUGGAGACGUUGAGCGGCGCCAGCGGGCUCACCAAACAGCAGAGGAGGCAAUUCUCGAAAGCGCACGCGAUUCUAAUGCUUCUUGGCUGGCUUUUCUUUGUUCCGACGGGCUUUCUGUUCGCAAGAAUGGGUCGCGAUUUGUUCAAAGAGCAAACCUUGUUCGGCUCGGCGGUCUGGUUCCAAAUUCAUCGCGCCGCGAACUUUGUCGGCGUCGUUUGCAUUUUGACAUCGAUUCUAUGCAUUUUCAUUUCGCAACAGUGGACCUGGAAGGGAUCGUUCUCCGGCGCGAAAUACUGGACAGCAGUUCACACAGACCUCGGCAUCAUCUCAACAGUGCUCGCGGUUGCGCAGCCGCUCAACAGCCUUCUGCGAUGCGGACCGACGCAUUCAAGACGAGUCUACUUCAAUUGGAUUCAUAGAUGCAUUGGAAUUGUCUCGUUCACACUAGCACUUACCGCAAUUAUAAUUGCCGCAGUUCAAUUCAAAAAAAUCUGGAACGAGCCGCUUUUGGAGGUUGUGCUAACGUGUCUUCCAGUGGCAUUCUGCAUUGCCGGGUCCAUCGGAUUCGUUUGGCUGGAAAACACUAAAUUCAGGGCGAAAGGCAGUUUCGAGCCGCAUCUUCUCCGAAUUCCCGUCAUUUUCCUAUCAGUUGGAAUUUUUUUCACAUGCGCUGUCGCCCUGUCACUGCUAGUCGUCAAUGGAUACAAGAAUGUCUAA